AUGUUGCUCAACAGCCUUCUUUCGGCCGUCGUGGCCCUCGCGGGCGCAGUGUCGGCUUGCCCUGGCAUCGACCAUGCCCAAGGUCUUGCUCCUCGUCAUCCCGAACAUUCCAUCCAGCCCAGCGGCGCCGACAGUCUCCUUCGCGAUUUGACUUGGGGAGACAUCGCUGUGCUGGCCACUACAGAUAUACAUGGGUGGUACCAAGGGCAUAUGAAAAAGAGUGAGCCCGAACCCAACUAUUCGGGCGACUGGGGCGACUUUGCAUCGUUUGUCGCUCACAUACGAAAGCUCGCCAAGAAGAAAGGCGUCGAUCUGCUCCUCGUCGACUCGGGAGAUUUGCACGACGGUGCUGGUCUCAGCGACGGUUACCCUGCUGGUCAGGUCGACGGGCAGACCUCGAACCAGUUCCACGCCAAGGUCGACUUUGACCUCUUGGCCGUCGGCAACCACGAGCUGUACAAGUACGAAAAUGCAUGGAACACCUUGACCGAGUUUGUGCCCAAGACGCACGGUCGCUACCUUGGCUCUAACGUCAACAUCAGCCACGCAGGUCCUCGCGGAGGCAGCAACGUCACCUACACGUUCGGCGAGCGCUUCGUCAAGUUCAAGACCCACAGCGGGCGAAAGGUGACAUCGCUCGGCGUGCUUUUCAACUUUACGGGCGCGGACAACGGAAUCACCGUGCAGGACCCGGCCAAGAUGGUGCUCGAGCCCUGGUUUGCUGACGCCAUCAAGGAGGAGCCUGAUGUGUUUUUGAUCGCUGGGCACAUGCCCGUCCGCAAGGACCAGUUCCCCGUCGUCGUCGAUGCCGUCCGCAAGGUGCACCCGACCACGCCCAUCAUGGUGCUCGGUGGACACUCGCACAUUCGCGACUGCACCCAGUACGACAAAUACUCGAUGGGCCUCGAGUCGGGCCGAUACCUUGAGACCAUCGGCUGGAUGUCGAUGAACUUCACCCAGUCUGGUCCCACCUUCAGCCGUAGCUACAUCGACGCCAAUCGCCGCAACUACGCCUACCACGCCGGGCUCGCUUCCAAGCCCGAAAAGUUCGACACGGCGUUGGGCAAGAAGAUCACCAAGCAGAUGAACCAGGUCGCUGAGGCCUGGAACCUGUCCCAUGUCUAUGGCACUGCUCCUCAGGACUACUACCUGCAGCGUGUGCCCAUCAACGACUCGUCGUCGCUGAUCAACUUUAUGACCAACAAGGUGCUGCCCACCGUCAUCUCGACGUCCAACCCUGACCGCAAAGGUGUGCCCAACAUCGUAAUUGCCAACUCGGGCUCGCAGCGAUUCGAUCUGUACGCCGGACCUUUCACCAAGAACGACCAGUACAUCGUCUCGCCUUUUACCGACGCUUUCCAGUACAUCAAGGAUGUGCCUUACAAGUACGCUAGUCAGAUCAUCCACAAGCUCAACGGGGACAAGGUGGCGCAAGCUACCAGCCGCAGGCGCGAUAUCGAGGCGGAGGACAGCGAGAAGGAGCUUUACGCUAAAGGUCACGUUUCGCACAUCUACAACCGAUGGAUGAAGGACCAGCACGUGUUUGCUACCGCCAACACGGCAGCAGCUAGGGACUUGGCGAAGCUCGAUGCUCGAGCGGCUGAGGCUCAGGCCAACCGCACGCUCGGGUACGUGACCAAGGACCAGUGCCCCGGUGAUGGCGAUGACACGGUGCACACCGCCAUCCCGUACGCGUCGGUGCCUGACUACGUCCAAAGCCCCGUCACGGGUAAGAACGUCAGCGACAACGACACGGUCGACGUCAUCUUCCUCGACUUUAUCGCCAAGAACGUGGUGAGGAUUCUCAACGGCGUGCAGACCGACAAGACGUACUCACUCAGUGAUGUGGCAGCCUACAACCAGUACACCACGCAGGACAUCUACCCGCUCUACGCCGAGCAGGUCUGGGCCAAGAACACAACCGCUUCGCGCUAA